AGCCGCCCUUCGCACCCUCUUCGCCCUCCCCACCGACAUCAUGCUCCAGUUUCUGCUUGGGUUGACAUUGGGCAAUGUGGUUGGAAUGUAUCUGGCUCAGAACUAUGACAUACCAAAGCUGGCUAAAAAACUUGAAGAAAUUAAAAAGGACUUGGAUGCCAAGAAGAAACCCCCUAGUUCAUGAGGCUGCCUCCAGCACUGCCUUCGGGAUACACUGAUGCUACUGCUCUUGAGGGCCUCCUUUACCACCUGAACCAAAAGCCUUUUUUUCAUCUUCAGCCUCAGUGCUCCUCUUCUUUGCUAGACCCUGUGUUUUUUGCAAGCAAAAUGGGGCCUCAAUUUGAGAACUACCCUACAUUUCCAACAUACUCACCUCUUCCCGUAUUCCCUUUCCAACUGCAUGGGAGGUCCUAAGACUGGAAUUAUGGUGCUAGAUUAGUAAACAUGACAUUUAAUGAAUAGUGUCUUCUUUAUUGUUUGCGAUUUUUACUACCUUUUGUCAAGAGAAAAACUGAUGAGUUUUGUGUAGCUGGUCAGAUACAAAUAAUAGUGACUUCACAGUUUAGCAGUUAUAAUGGGUACUUGCUAAACAUUUGAUACUAAAUUAUGUUGCUGCAAAGUAAUUAAAAUUAAUAUCUUA